AUAGCACGAUCGUAGAGCACUUUUCAAAAACUUUCAAUUGGUGUGGUGACAUUUGGCUUUGAGUGAACACAUUUCUCGUCUUAAAUUUUGGAAAACUUUGGAGAAACUGAGUUGCAUUAUACCCGAAGUAUUUUAACCACCCAUGACUGACCCAACCUCCAUUAAUAAACGGAUCCUGGAGAUGACCGCCGAGCAUGUGGAGCAGCUCCAUUCAAUAUGGUCCCGUAUGUUCGAGCCGAAGCAAUGCGAAGACACUCUACACAAACUCGAGGAGCAUGCGGACAAUUUCUAUACGGAUGUGCUGACAGAGUCGCGGAAGAAAGAAGCAGACCUUCUCGAUGAGAUAGCCGCAAUCCGAGACGAGGCCAGCGACCUCGCCAAACUACUCCAUGAGCCGGUGGACAAUAGCCAGAGGCCCGACGAUAUGCCUCUGAUGAUAUGGCGGCUGAAGCUGGAUAAGAGCAUUGAACAUCUGCGCGAGAAGCUUUCGAAACGUCGGGCGGAGAUUGGAGAGCUGCUGCUCCAACAAGGGGAGCUCUGCGAAGAGCUGGGCGCCUCGCCGCGGCCUCUGUUGGCGGACAAGUUACCCCUUCCCGAGGACAUCGACGGCUUUCGCGACCAUCUCGACAAUCUGCGAAAUCAGCGGAUUCUACGCCAGAAGGAGCUCCAACAGCUGCGGCAGGCCAUCAAGCAGGACAUGAAGAUGCUCGAGCUGAUGCCCGAGACCGAUGAACAGGAACGCCUGCUGAACGAUAUGAACCACAACGAUCUAUCCCCAGAGACGCUAGACCGGCUCCGUCAGAUGCGCAACACCUAUGCCGAGCAGGUCCAAGAACUGCGCUCCAAAAUCAAUGACAUGCGCGGGAAGAUCUACGUGCUGUGGGAUCGCCUCCAGGAGACAGACGGGAGCGCCAUGCAACGAGUGCGUGAUUGCACAGACUAUACGCAGCGCACCUUCGACAUCCUCCACUUGGAGCUUCAGCGCUGCCAGGCGCUGCGCAGUCAGAACAUCAAGACGUUCAUCGAGCAGCUGCGUGUCGAGAUAAGCGAGUGUUGGGAUCUAACGCUCAAGAGCCCGCUGGAGCGCAAGCGUUUCGCCAAUUUCUACAUCAACGAUUACAACGAAGACGUAUUGGAGCUGCACGAACUGGUGCUGGAUGAUCUGAAGAGCUUCUACAAGUGCAACAAGGUGAUCUUCGACCUGUACGGGACCCGUGCGGAACUCUUUUCACGCAUGCAGGCCCUGGUGGCAAAGGCCAAUGAACCAAACCGUUUGAACAAUCGGGGCGGCCAGCUACUCAAGGAGCAAAAGGAACGCAAGGCAAUCACCUCGAAGCUGCCCAAGAUUGAGCAUCAGAUCAUCGAACUGGUGAGGGAGUAUGAGAUGCAAUCGCAUCGACCGUUUCUUGUGUACGGCGAGAACAUACUGGAGCUGAUGGCCGGGAGCGAAUGGGAGCGCUGUCCCCAGACCAAGCAAAGGUCGGCACUCAAAAAGGUCGGCACCCAGUCUACCACAACGACGGGCAACAACAUAAGUGACAAAAUGAUGAUGCCACCGCCGACUGCUGGUACAAAGGGCCCACGCACGCCACUUGCUUUGAGAAACAUCUCCUCAAUAUCUAAAAUCCCGUCACCAAAGGCACCAACAAUCCAAUCAAUCCCGCCCAAUAUGGCCAAGAGCGGUGGAAAGGUCACACGCUUGAAGAAGAAGCCAAUCACCAAAUCAACAGAUACAAGAUCUCCCAGCGAUGCCGAUGAAAAUGAACCUAAUCGUCCAGUCCUCACAAACCACAAUUCGAUGGCGUUAGCCGCCAACUCCAACACAGAUUCGAAGCCGUCAGCCGAUGAUAAGCCGGAGAAGCCUCGCUUUGGCAGUAAACUGAAACUGCCAUCGCCACGCCAAAGUCGCAUGUGGCAGCUUCCACGAUGAGAUUAUCCAUUGAAUUAAUUCUCCUUAGCCUUGACUGGAAUCGAAUCAUUACCUCUUUCAUGUCAAGAAGACAAACGAAUAACAAAUAAAUACAAUCCCAGUAACAGUUUGGUAUCGAUAUAUAUAUUUGCCAAAGUGCGUUGCUACGUUUUAAAGACAGCUCAUUUUUGUUAUAAUGAAAGCAAUCAAAAUUUGUAAGUAAAUAAAAUUAGGGAUAACGACAGAAAAAAGGGCCAAAAGAGAAGUUUUCCAACUUCGACUGUAUCAUUCGAUGGACAGAAACCUGUAAAAAGAAGCUGCUCUUAAUGAAAAUCAGUGCCAGCAAGAAACAUCGAUAAAUGUGUAUGGAUAUUUGACAAACCUAUGAAUCCUAUUAAAGUUGAGUUAGUUUAAAACCUAAAUAAUCUUUAGUUCCGUGUCAAAUGGCUCCUUAAACAAGGCGAAACAUCAAAAUUAUAUCUUAAGGAAUUAUAUCUUAUGUACAUAUGUGCCCCCUAAAACUAUUGUACAAUCGUUUUCCAUAUGUUUAGUGGGAGAAACCCCUGAGAAAAGAAACCGAAAAACAAUGAUUAUAAUAUACAUAUGUACAGAUAAAC